CGUAAAUCCGUCGUGUCGCCGGCAGCCCUCCCUGUCUCCAUUGGCUGAUCGUGUUCGACGGCAGUUCACGCUGGCUCUUCUCUCUCACAGACCGCCAUCCCCACAAAUCCGUGAAUCUGCUGCUCUCCCUGCUAUUGCACGGGCGUUGGGUCUGUUGUUGUGAGGAAUGUGAUGACGUUUAUGUGAAGCCGUGAACAGUGCUGGAAGUACAGUGAAAAGCCGCGUCAUAUCCGUUGCUAGAAGUGGCUAGGUUCAAUGGGAGCCUCAAGAGGUCCAAGGCUCUCUGGAAUGCAGAAGCAAGUACUUAGCCUGUACAGAGGGUUUCUACGAGUAGCCCGCUCCAAGUCUGAAGAAGAAAGACGCAAGAUAGAAUCAGUGGUAUCAGAAGAAUUCAGACGCAAUGGCAAGCAGGUAGAUCGCAAAAAUUUUCUCUACAUUGAAUAUUUGCUUCGCAGAGGCAAGAAACAGCUUGAUCAACUUAGCGACCCUGGUACCACUGGAUUGUCUUCCUUACAAGUUAAUUUGCCUAAUAUUAAUAAGCCUGACUCUUAAACUAAAUGCAUUCUUGUCAUUCAAUUUCCAAGCUGAUGUUAUACUUUACAUAAAAAAUUAUUACAAGGACCAACAAUGGUUGGGUCCAAUAGAAGAGACUUGAUUUCUUAAAGCAACAUGAAGGAUUUGAACCUUAUGAAUGGGGGAAAAAAAUUCCCAUUGGAAGAGUUACUCACAGUUGGAGCCGGUAAAGAUUGUUGUUGUAGUCAAAUCAUAUUCUCCUGGUCCUAAAUAUAGUCAAAUCAUAUUCUUCUUGUACAAACCUGAAGUAGAAAGUUCAAAAGAGGUUACAGUAUCAUGCCCGAACACGGCACUGGAUCGGAAAAAAGAAAUUAUAGUUUGUAAGAUAUCUAAUGAAAUCAGUGUUAUAAUUGAGAUA